AUGCAGCACCACCCGUCGCCUUUCGAUCCCAUCCCCGAACUCUACUCGAUGCCUGAGCACGCCAGCCGUCGUCUGAGCCGGCCAAUGGCCCGUUCCUCCACCGCCCCCAACCUCGCCUCUCCAGCCUAUCCCAUGUAUCCCGGGCUGCAGACGCCCGGCAUGAACCGCUACAGGACGAGGGACUCGGUCCCCAUCGUCCUGAACCGCCCCCGACGACUAUCCGGCCACCCGAGCUCGAACCCGAAUGCGAACCCGAAUACGAAUGCCAACCUCAUGUCGGCGGCGAGACCCGACGAGAGCUUCGACCCGCGAGCGAGGGUCCCAUCGUCGGGACUUGUGACGAGCCGCAGGUCCGUCGAGCAAUCUUCCUGGAGGCCGACUUACCCGCAGCCUCCACGGCCGGCCGGCAUGCAAGGCCACGGAGCUGGCACCUUGCCGGCCGACGUCUUUGCAACCCUGCCGGGCGAGGUGCUGGAAGUCAUCCUGCAGAUGCUCAAGGAGCUGCAUCUCGACGCCGACGCCGCCAGCUGCGCAACCUGCUGGAUGCGGGAUCUGUGCAGCCUGUCCUUGUGCUCACGCAAGUGGUACGGCACCACUCGGCGCGCGCUCUACGCCGACAUCCUCAUCGUCGGACAGGACUCCCCGGCCCACAAGAAGCGCUUCAAGCAAUCUCAGGGUUCGCGCAUCAUGCUGCUGCGGUCCACCCUGCGCGCCAACAGGGGCCUCGCGAGCCUCGUUCGUUCGUUGAAAGUGCCCAUCCCCGUCUCCGACCUCGUCGGCAACCCCGUCGGCGCCAAGGGAGCAACGGCCUCGGGCUCGCAGCUCGAGGAGUAUGAGGACAACGUGGCGGCCCUGGUGAUGGCGUGCCCGAAGCUCGAGCGUCUGUCGGGCCCCAUCUUCACCUACGGCCACUCCUUCAAGAAGAUUUUCCACGCUCUCUCCACCCGCACGAAUCUGCGGGACAUGAAUUGGCUCAUCGAGCCAUCCGCCUCCUCUGCAGCCUCUCCGGUGUCCCAGUCUGCCGAGCGAUCCUCCCCCUGCGCUGCUCCUGCCGAGGCAGCCAAGCUGCAGCCCGCACAGGAGGUUGCCUUCCUGGAGCAGCACAGGAACUGGAAAAGGUUGACGACGCUCUCGAUACACUGCCUGCCAGAGGCGACCAUCGGACAGGCGACGCUGCUCUCCCGAACCCUCACCGUCCUUCCCUGUCUGCAGAAUCUUCACCUCUCCAACCUCUCUCCCGACGCCUUCAACAACAAGAACCUCCUCUCGCUUCCCGCCCUCCACUCGCUCACGCUGUCCAACAUCCCCGGCAUCAGCUCCCAGGGGCUCUCCCAGUUCGCGACGCGCGCCAACAGCCGGUCCCUGCAAUCUCUGACCCUUCGGCACACGCCCCUCACCUCCCUGCCGGCCCUCGCCCGCAUCCUGUCCAACCUGAUCUCGCUCACCUCCUUUGCGCUCGUCCAGUCCUUCCCGCCGCUCAUGCCCGAGUCGGAUUCGUUUGUCCUCUGGAUGAUGCCCUACCUAGCCUCGACGACCGUCACGAAGCUGCACUGGGACAUCACCAGCCACACGCAAACGGCCGACCUCUCGAGCGACAUCCUCGCAAGGAGCAUCCAAGCCGGCGGCUUCCCUCGUCUGCGGACGCUGCGGGCCCCGAACGAUCCCGAAGGCAGCUUCCAGUCGCUGUGCCGUCCCGUCGAGCGGAUAGACCUGCCUGCCGACCGGCUGCGCAGCACGUCGAGCUCGUCCUGGUCCCUCGACGCGCUGAACACGUCCAGCUCCCCGCCGGCGCAGCUCGUGAGGUCCCCGACCACCGUCUCGCUGCCCGGUGCCGCAUUUCACGCACCGCCUUCGCCCUGCACCAACCUCGUGGCCGCCCGCCUCGCCGCCCAGGCCCGGAUCGAGAGCGCUCGCGACGGCGACGGAUUCCGUUUCCACGUCUAUGUCGAGGAUGAAGAUGGCAGCCUCGUCAACACGUUUGGCUUGGGGAGGUACAUGGGCGCCGUCGGCAGCGAAAUCGAGUACCACCUGCUUCCCGACGAAGGCUCGUCCGACGAAAGGGGCGGCCUCGUCGACGUCACCGACCUCGCCGGCGACGCUGGCGAGAGCCUAACCAGCGGCCGGGAGGGCUGCGACGGGAGCUGGAAUCGCCGAGAAGGAGUCUUUGCCGAUCGGAGGGAAAGGGAGAAGUGGUGGCACGCCGAGAGGGGGCGUUGGAACAAACCCAGACUGAACUAG